UGCAGUCUGGCGUCCCUGAUGACAUCACAAAUGCUUGAGGUCAGUCAUACUCAUAAAGUCGACCGCCCUCUGUUGGCUGGCGGAGGUAAUGACUGCAUCUGUAUCAUCCCCAAGUGCUCGUCUAGAUGAAGACAAGUAUUUUCUUUUCAACAGUCGAUGGGUAUUAAUUGUCUCCUUUUCAAUUAGGGUCUCCAUCCUUACCAGGAGGAGGUGUGGAGGACUGCUCGUCCGGUUGAGAUGGGACUACAAACCCGUUAACACCCACAGCCUCCUCCUUUUCCAUCAUGGCUCCGUCGACAGAGAGGCACGGAUACUGGGGACGGCCGACCUCAACGCUGGACUGGUGUGAAGAAAACUAUGUCGUCUCGUUUUACAUCGCCGAAUUUUGGAACACUGUCAGCAACCUGAUAAUGAUUCUUCCUCCCAUCUGUGGAGCCAUCCAGACCUUUCGCAGCGGUCUCGAGUUUCGAUACAUCUGCUCGUUCCUCGGACUGGCAGCUGUUGGCGUUGGCUCUUGGUGUUUCCACAUGACGCUGCUCUAUGAGAUGCAGCUGCUGGACGAGUUGCCAAUGAUAUACAGCACAUGCGUGUUUCUGUACUGUUUAUACGAGUGCUUCAAACAAGAGAACAGCACCAGUUUAUGUAAAAUUUUCUUGUUAUUAAUCUUCAGUAUCUUGGUCACUGUGGUGUACCUGCAGUGGAAGGAGCCAGUGUUUCACCAGGUCAUGUAUGGUGCCCUUGUAGCUUGCCUCGUAAUGCGAUCCGUCUUCAUUGUUACGUGGGUGUACCCGUGGCUCAGAGCUCUGUGUUACACCUCCUUAUGUGUCUUUAUGUUUGGAUUCUUACUGUGGAUUAUUGACAAUAUCUUCUGUGAUUCAUUAAGAGCCAGCAGGCAAAUACUGCCCCCUGGUGUUGGAGUAGUGACACAGUUCCAUGCUUGGUGGCACAUUCUCACAGGCCUGGGAUCAUACCUACACAUACUUCUCAGCCUUCAGAUCAGGUCAACCUACCUCAAGUACAGACCAAAGGUGAAGUUUCUGUUUGGAGUGUGGCCCAUGUUGCACAUUGAACCCCAGAAGAUGAGCUGAAAUGAAGAAAUGAGGACCAAGCGAAGGACAGUGACUGUGACCACCAGCACCGGAACUUACUGAAGCUCUGCCAUACUGCUAGGGACUCAGCCCGCACCCGAGGGCAGGUGAACCUCACAGUAUCACACUGGGGACCCUUCAGUUCAGCACUAUGGAGAACUGUGAAGUAGAGAAAAGCACUGAAACAGUUUUUACUAACUGGAAGGUUUUAUUCAGUCAUAUUUUAUUAACUUAGUUUUUCUGUGAUUAUUGAAGAGCAUUUUUUAAAGUGCUCAUUCACUUUGAGGCCACAAUAUCAUGUGUUGUUCACUUGUAAUAAUACUGUGGAAGACAUUGAAGGGGUUAAGGGUCAUGUUUUAAUAAAAGCUUGGAUAAAGGGAAAUGUGCCAUUUAUUUACACAUCACAUUUGUAUAUUUGUUGUUUUUGCUCAGUGCACUAACAUUUUAUUGUCUUAAACAACAAAUCCUGCUGCUUACUGAAUGUGUAGUUCACAAGUAGCUGAGAAAGCUCGACUUAAGACAGUGUUUUUGCACCCCAUGUGAGGCGUUUCUUGUUGUUUUCAGAUGUGCUCACUGCACAGCAACUGCCAGCCACGAAGUGAAAACUUGUGGCAGCUCAUCUCUCAUAACGAAAUCCUCAUUCUUUUGCAUGGACCUACGACUUAAUCAUUCAUCUGUUAAGAUGUGGCAAGACUGCAGUUACAUUUUCUUCACAUGCAAAUGUUGCACUGCUUUAAAAAUGUUCAAACCGUGUGAAAGAAUGCGAUUCCACGCAAACAGGUGAUACAGUGUUUAUUAUAGUUACAUUGUGGAGCACCGCGUGGGGGUUGCUUCCAAAUGCAUUCUGCAUUUUCAUUCCUGCUUACUUUAGAUGCCAACUGUAAAAAGUUUAUUUUGUGCAUAGCAGAGUGCUGCAGCAGUAGUAAAACUUAAUUCAGGUUAACUCAUUUGCACUAUGGAAAUGCGCCUCUCGUCUUCCAAACUUCUCAAUCCGCCACUCGGCUGUUAUAGAUCUGAAUCUGCGUCCGUGAUAAUGUUUAGCAAAAUUGAGGCCCGUUUUAAUGGAGAAAACGAAAACCAUUAUCAUUCACAAAAAUAGAUCCGUGUAUCACAUGCCGGAUUAUAGGGGUGGGUGGUACACCAGUGUCAUACUUGUCACCGUUCUUACAGUAUGCCAUGAUAUGGAUUGCGCAAUACUGUUGCGUAAUCCUUAAUGAUGAUGCCAAUGAAAAAUAGUGCAGAUGAAAUAAUGACAAAUAUCCAUUUGUGUGGAUAUCUGUAAUCAUUUUGACAUGUCUGCAGUUGUGAUCAGCGACGUGGUGCCAAGGCUGUGAUGUUCGCAGCUCUGUUUAUUUCCUGUUCUGCUGAGCUCCACAGGUGAAUCACAACACCUGUUAAAUACUUUUCUUAUAGAUCUAUUGUGUAGGACUAGAUGUUGCUAUCCCUAAAAAAAUAAAUAAAUAAAAUAGUGAGGCAUCGGUGAAAGUCUGUGGCAUGGUCAAUUGGGUGAUGGCAUCCUUUGGGUUGUCAAGCGGGUGCCCUCCUUCUUGGGUGUUUCAUUGUUAAGCCCCGUUUACACAUAGACGGUAAGAGCUCCCGGAAGCAUCCCCGAAGAGUUUUUGGCUCCUCCGGGCCGUCUUAGGGAUCAAAUGCCGUUGUUAACACUGCCGCUAGGGGGCGUGGCUUAGUUCCAGCUUCACCGGGAAUCGUCAAAAAAAUUACUCAUGUCGAAUAAUUUCGGGAGCGCUCCCGGAGAAUUCGCGUGACAACAGAGACAACGCGAACA